CGUUGAUACAGUACCCGACCGUAAUCGUAGCUCGAAGCAGACGCGCGCGCGACCGACCGAGCGAACUCUCGUACCCGAAGUAUAUAUCGACACACGGCUUGGAAUCAUCAUCAUGAGUCUAACGAGAGCUCAACGGACGCAACUUUACUUGGAGUUGAAGCAAUCCCUGUACGGCAGCGGAUACUUGGACCGACUCGGCGAGCUCCACGACAGAUUUAUCGGCCUCGGCGCCGAGGACCUGAACUGUUUCGCGAAAUGGGCGGUGAAAGCAGGCGACGAGAAGAUCAUCGAGCUCUUCCAGUUGACUUGCACGAGGAUACCACCGAUGCGGCGAGAGACCGAGACGGCGGUGCACGUCGCGGCGCGCUCGGUCCGCCAGAUCGUGUCUAUCGACGCGCUCUUCGACCUGUACACCUUCCGGAAUUACGUGGACGCGCAGGGACUGACGCACUUUCACGUCGCCUGCCUGAUCGGCAACAUGGAGAGAAUGACCUUCUACUGGAGUUGCGGCGACGUCGAUCUCAACGCGACCUUGAUCUACGGACCGAGGGGCUUGCCGAAGACGGCCCUGCAACUGGCCGUCGGCUGUUUACGGUGGAACGCGAUCGAGUGGAUGGUCUACAACGGCGCUUGUCUGGAGAAACGCGACAGCACGGGCUUGACGCCUCUGAACGAGCUCUGCCUCCGAAUCGGCUGCUUCGACGAUCGACGCGAUACGGCAGACCGAUACCUUCGCACGUUCGUAAACUUGUUGCAUCUCGGCGCCGAUGUCAACACGACCGACAUCGCCGGCAACAGCCCACUGCUCAACCUGUUCCACAAAGGUGUAUUGGCCGAUGCGAACUUCGAGCUGCAGCUAAUCUGUUUCAGACAGCUCGUGAUUCACGGAGCGGACGUGGCGUUCAAGAACAGUCACGGUGAUAAUUUAUAUCACUACAUCGCGGCCAAUACUCCGAGAUUCUUCAGUCACGACAGAAUGUCCAAAGAGAGACUGGAGUGGGUGAUGGAGCGUCUGUUCCCGCUGCUCGGCUCGAACGCCAUAGACCACUCGGGCAAUACUCCGCUGAACUUGGCCGUCGCGAGAGUCCACAGCCAGCUGGUAAAGGUGUUUUUGGGUAAUCGUGACGCUCCCAGAGACGCUGAUGAAGAAGACGCCGAUAGAGACGCCGCUGCAAACGGUAACGAAGACGCUGAUAGAGACGCUGACGAAGACGCUAAUGGACACGCUGAUGCUGACGCUGUUGAAGACCCUCAUAGAGUCGCCGAUGAAAACGGUCUCGAAGACGCCGAUAGAGACGCCGCUGCAAACGGUAACGAAGACGCUGAAGAAGAAGCCAAUAGAGUCGCCAAUGAAAACGGUCUCGAAGACGCCGAUAGAGACGCCGCUGCAAACGGUAACGAAGACGCUGAAGAAGAAGCCGAUAGAGUCGCCAAUGAAAACGGUCUCGAAGACGUUGAUAGAGACGCUGACGAAGACGCUAAUGGACAGGCUGAUGAUGACGCUGUUGAAGACCCUCAUAGAGGCGCCGAUGAACGCGCUCGCGCGGUCGUCAACACCAUUAAUUUACAGCAAUUAGGGCUCUGCGCUAACGAUGACACAGAGUUGCCAGAUCUCGUCACGAUCGACAACUGUCUGCGUACCAUUGAGCAUCUGAACACGUUGCCUAAUUGGGGCUGGACCUGGGACAGGAAGAACGCGAUUUGGACAUUCUUGAAAGGAGCCCGCCAGCUCACUCCAAGAACGGACAUAACGCGAGUACUGCAUUACGGUAGUUACAGUGUCAUCGAAACCUAUCUCAGAUCGUUCAUCAUGUCUCCGGAUUAUCCAUUGGAAAAUAAGGACUUGCAUCGAUGCAUCUUCGAGAUAUGGAAAUUCGCCACGAUUAUCGAUAUCGGUGAACUGCACAAGGAGCCACAAUUAACUGGGUUGCUCGAAGAGGCGAGUCUUCAUUUGAAGGCUAGACUGCCGGAAGACGAAAGAGAGAAAGAUUUAUUUAACAUGCCAGUAACGACGAUGGGUAUCGCGAGUGAAUUAAGGAUUAUUCAGGGCCGAAUGCUCAGAGGCGCCAGGUCGUUGCUCGAAUUUUGUCAAACCGAACCCAGACACGCGUCUGUAACUUGGCAUUUGCGGGAGGGCAUAGCUAGAAUCCUCCCGGGUCGUUUGCCCUUGAUCGAGGGCUUCGUGCACGGACACAUCGCCAAGAGCAUUCGCUAUCAGCUGUUUGACGAGGACGACGGAAACCCUGCAGAUGCCAUCUUUGCAUCUGACGAAGACAAUUUGUAAAUCGACUUUAGUCCCCUAAAUAUAGGGGGUGAUAUUGUAUAAAGAAAACUGAGAUGACUAUAUUGUACAUUAUAUAAUGUAUAGAUUUUAUUCUAUGAUUUAAGAAACCAGAUUUUUUUUCCUCCGA